AUGAGGACGCACGCUGUUCGAAUAGCUCGCAACUUGAGGGGCCAGCAUUCAUAUCUAUCGCCUCGCACCCGACUUCUCUCCACGACGGUGUCCCAGUUCGCAAACGCCCUCCCCAUCACCGCCACUGGUCCUCCCCCAGACCCUCCCACGCCGGCUUCAGGUCCGUACUCAGACAAGGUCACGGAACGUCGCCGCAAAGCAGCACUCUUGCAAGCAGGCAAGGAUAUCCGGGCCUCGCAGUCACCAUCGUCGAGCAAGAAGUCGCCUCUGAAGAAGCGUUUCUGGAAAGAUGUACACAUCCGAGAGUCCCCCGCCGGGCUCGAAGUGCAUCUCGACGGACGACCAGUCCGGACGCCGUCGAAAGCCAUUCUCACCGUCCCCAAGUCUAAGCCGCACCUCGCGCACGCCAUCGCCAUAGAAUGGGACAUGCUCGAGUCCGCACAGCAGGCCCUCAAGAACCACAACAUCCCCAUGACGUCGACGACGGCACGGGCACAGGACAUUGUCGAGUCCGAGGCCAGGGGGGACCACACGAUCCGAAACGAGAUCAUCGCCGUCAUGAUGCGAUACCUCGACACGGACACGCUGCUGUGCUGGGCGCCGGAGCAGCCGUUCGACGACGGGCUGGACAUGGAGCGGACGACGACCCAGAACAACAAAAAGGAGACGCUGCGGGAACGGCAGAUCCGGACGGCGAAGCCGAUCCUCGCGUUCCUCAACACCUCCGUCUGGCCCGGGGUCGAGAUCAGGCCGGUGCUCGACGAGGGGAGCAUCAUGCCCGUCAAGCAGUCCGAGGUCACGAGGAGCGUGAUCGAGGGCUGGAUGGCCGGCCUGCCGGCCUUCGAGCUCGCGGCGCUGGAGAGGGCCGUCCUCGCGACGAAGAGUCUCCUGGUCGGCACGAGGCUUUUGAUCGAGUGGAGCGACGAGUUCCGGGACCUCCAGCGCGCCGCGGACGCCAGGUUCGGCAUCGAAGAGGCGGCUGAAGCCGCCACGUUGGAGGUCCGCUGGCAGACGGCCAUGUGGGGAGAGGUCGACGACACUCACGACGUCGACAAAGAGGACAUACGACGGCAACUGGGCAGUGCGAUCCUCCUCGUCAUCGGGAGUCGGUAG